ACUUGCCAUUGCCAUAUUGAAGGUCCGGCUGUACUUCGAUCGGUGUCGACGCGGGCCGACACGGUUUGUUACACGAUGAAUUGUUUAAGUUUAACGUUGGCGAUUUUUAUACCUUCUUCACACGGAGAAAGCCGGCGCGAUUUACCCUCGAUUUAAAUGCGUGAGGUACUGAAAUGACUAACAUACGCCGACUCCGAUUCUCGUUAGGGUUCUGGUUUGACGUUUUGCUACGUGUCUUUCUGGCAGUGCUAUUCGUGGAGCUGGAAAAAGCAGAACCAUUUACGAGAAAAAUUCACGAAGACGAGCUGUGGUUGUACAGAAAUCCGAGAACAGACUCUUUCGUUCCAACUACAGUAUUAUGGGUACACAUAUAUUUAUUAGAAAGAUUUCAAUAAAUAGGAGU